ACUCUGCCACCCGACAUGGAAGCUGAUCAAAAACCCACAGGGAGCACCAACAGCAGUGAUGGAUCAGUGACUUAUGACAUGAAAGCUUGUCUCCCACACAGUGUGCCCAGGAUCAGCUCUAUAACUCUGCGACCUGACAUGAAAGCUGAUAAAAAACCUACAGGGCUCAUCGGGCGAAUCAUUAGAGUCCUGCAAGCUAAAGUGUCUGCACUGAAAAAGAAGACAGCCCCUGUGGAAGAUUAUGGAGUGGACCUCAAGCGCUCUAUAACUCCGCCACCCGACAUGGAAGCUGAUCAAAAACCCACAGGGAGCACCAACAGCAGUGAUGGAUCAGUGACUUAUGACAAUUACAACAAGGAACAAAGCAGUGAGGGUCAUUACAAAGAUUUGGAAAACCAGCUGGAAAUGGAAAUGCUGAGUGACCUGUUCUUCGAGCGCAGCUUUACCUCCGUCAGCAAUGACAGCAAUGAUGGAGCUUCAUGGCCUUACAAUUACAACAAGGAACAAAAUAGUGAGGAUCAUUACAAAGAUUUGGAAAACCAGCAGAAAAUGGAGAGGGAAAUAUACCUAGAUGACCCGUUGUUCCCAGAAAGGGAUGUUGUGAGAGUUGAUGAGCAACCCACGAGGCCCAGCAGCUAUGAAUUAGUGCGACCUGACUUGGGGAUCAAGUCCAUGUCCUCUGGCAUGAGAAAAUAUGAAGAGGAGUUCAGAAAGAAAUCUGAAGAAUUCAACGAAUUACAUCCUUUGAGAUAAAUCAAGAACCCAGCAGCUGAGGCUGGAACUGCAGCUUAAAUGUGAGACAAUCAAUCAGCCAACAGCAAACAUGUCUCUCACAAAAUACAACUGCUUUGACAAAUGCUGAGUCUGGAUUGUGUCAGUUUCCCUACAAUUAAUCCUUCGUUUCUUUAUCAUUUAUCCUGUUUGAAAUCAUUGAUUUUUAAUAUUCAGUACAUAAUCAUGUGAUUAUUUUUGAUAGGAGGGAGAGAUUUGGAUAAAACUGUUUCUCCUGUUAUAUGUGCUUUUGUAUUGGGAUCAGAUUUUCUAGAGGAUCAAUUCAUGUAUAAAAUCACCUGACAGUUUCUUUUUGUCUCAUUCAGAAACAAAUGCAGGUCAGGUCACAGUGAUGGAAUAAUCACAAAAAAAUCCAAUAUUACCAUAAAUCAUUUGUCUUCAUUGUCCAGAAUUGACUAAUACACUCAAAGAUUAUAAAAAGGUAUUUAAAAUGAAAUAUAGGAUAAUUUCUGAUGGUUAACAAAUGUUUAUCAUAAAAUGAUAUGUAUUGUAAUAUCACCACUGACUUUUGACAUGUCACUUAACUUGAUUUUGCCUUGCUUCCUUAUAAUUAAACCACAUAAUCCUUCA